AUGAAUGCGACCUUUAACGGCGUAUUGAUGAUGGAGCAAAGCAAUGCUUAUCACCAGAAAGCCUACCUAGAAACCUUGUUGAAUUACAAUAGUGAAGAAGGAAAAACUACCCUGGCUGCUCAAAGAUGGGUCAAUGAACUGAAUGUGCGUGCUUCAUUAAUCCCUACCAAUGCUGGUACUAAUGAUAAGCCCAACCCCAAUGACUGGGAUGGAAAAACAGGGCUCAAGGCCUUAACCCGCCGUUUGCUAGGCAAAACGUAUCAUACCUUUAUGAUCAAACCUCAUGUGGCCGUCUUCAGAACAGGCAAAUGUCUCACCCCAGGGGUUCAAAUUGAUCUAGAACUCUAUUUGAACGACAGUAACCUGAUUCUCUUUGGAACACCAGACACAACCACCUCUGUAGGCGAAAAGAUUCCCACCCUGGAAAACAAUGACAUCUUUCUCACUCUCUGGAUGAAAAAAGUCACUCUGAAUGCCUCCGUGUAUACCAAACUGCAGAAAGAAUGUAGCCUUAGUAACGCCACUAGAGUACAAUAUCCUGUGGUUCGCAGUGAAAUAAGAACCUAUUCGUUUGAUGGCAAUAGCACCCGAUGGGAACAAGACAAUGUUUUCGUGGACAGAGUUCCAGGGAAGGUCAUUAUAGGAUUAAUGAAUUCUACCAAUUACCAUGGAAGUUUGCAACACUACCCCUUUGCCUAUUCGUUUGAUGGCAAUAGCACCCGAUGGGAACAAGACAAUGUUUUCGUGAACAGAGUUCCAGGGAAGGUCAUUAUAGGAUUAAUGAAUUCUACCGAUUACCAUGGAAGUUUGCAACACUACCCCUUUGCCUAUCAAAAGUUUGGGGUGACCCGAGUCCGACAGACAAUUGACGAGUACCCUUACAGAGUACCCUUACACAUCGUUGGAACUCACAGGCAAUACCAAAGCAGAAGAUUUGGUAGAGUAUGA